CAGACAUCGUCAUCGAGCUGACACAUCGAAGUUAGACUAUGCCAUCCAUAAUAAUACGGACUGGGCUUCAGUAAAGCCUAGCCUGGCUUGUCGUACAUACUCGAAUUUGGAAGUCCAUCCCUGGUUGAUCUGGAAAGAGCCUUUCCAGGAGACCUUGGAGUUUCGAUCGGUCUAUGUAUUUAUUGGGUACACCUUGUCGGGGUGUCAGCGGAGCUGGGCUUUCCCUGGUCAUGGAGAAACCACUGAAUGAACGCCGAAGAAGUGAACUCAUUUUCUAUGGUGGCGGCUGGGCAGCAUAGGAUGGGCGUAUCCUUUCUAUUAAGCCAGUGUUUGCACUUACGAAGUACAGGCUGAUUGCCCAAGAAUAAUAUGUCGUCACCGUGCGCCGAGCAGGAAUAUUUCUUAUCGACAGCCAAUAUUACGGCUUUUCGCAAUCAGACGCAUACCUAGUCGGGUGUUAGGCUGCAUCCUGACUGGCAGGAAUAUACGAGGGCUCACAGCCUGCGGCGUACUCGAGCCGAGAUUCCGUCCUGCGGCUCUGCUAGCUGUACUGUCACAAUGACUCCAGCCUCGAUUCCUUUACCCCCCACCCCGUUCUCUCGUUUCAAUGGAUCUGUGGCUUUCUCUUAUGUAUCGUGCAUUGCGUCCGCUGGUCUACAGGAUAACAUGCACCUCACCGGGCCCAGUCAGUCAACCUUUAUGACCUUCUCUAGGCUAUCAGGCCCCGCGACACCAUGGCUCAGACUCCAUACUCUGGGGCCGAUUCCGACUCUCCCUUAAAUAUAUUGGACAUUGAUUGGAUUCGUGGCAGUGGAAUCUUUACGCCAGUAUCGACCACUGAACCAGCUUCUACGUCGAAACAAUCGGUUUACGGGAUUAAAGAACCGCUAACUAGUCGAGAUGUGGAGAACCAUUCCCUGAAAUCCUCUAACUCAAUCCAUAUUUUGGAUCAAAGCAGGACUCAUAUUGGGACGCUGCCAGUGGGUGCAAGUGGACGAACAGUCAGCCGCAAGUUGCGUGGAAUUCAUAUCUUCGUAAGGAACCGACGCCUAGGACCUCCAUUUUCUCAUUUGUGCAUGUAUUUCUGACCAUGCCUUUCCGACGCUACCGCAGAUGAUAACAGUUGGCGGUGUUCUUGGGGUUGGACUAUAUGUCAAAAGCGGCACAAUUCUUCAAAUAGGAGGACCUGGAGCAGUUCUCAUCUCCUUCACCGUGAUGGGACUGUUGUCAUGGACGGUGAUGCAAUGUCUAGGAGAAAUGCUUGCAUUGUGGCCAAUAUCCGGCGCUCUGAUUGAAUUCGUUGGCACCUUUGUUGACCGCGAACUGGGUGUAACGGUUGGAAUUGCAUACUGGUUCACUUACGCUAUCAACACUGCAGCUAUCAUGUUCGCUGCAGCUGGUGAGAUGCGCUUUUGGGAGCCCACCAAUGCAGUGAUGGGCACAACUAUGUUUUUGAUAGCCCCAAUCUGCCUUAUAUUUUUCAAUAGCUUUGGGGUCGAGGUAUACGGUUGGAUCGAAGUCGUCGCUGGAGUACUCAAGAUUCUGGGUCUAUUUGCCAUCAUCUGCUCCAUGAUUGCUAUUAACACGGGAGCUGGAUCUCAGAAUGAAGCAAUCGGUGCCAAGUACUAUGGUGGUAGCGGCUAUCCCAUGUUCAGCGUCUCCAAGACAGUUGCGGACGAUUGGGCUACAAUACUAUUCAUAUCGUUCUCGAUCGCGAUUUUUGCGUUCAUCGGCGUCGAGAUGGCUGCCGCUGCUGCUCUUGAAGUUCGACCCGAGAACCACUCACGGCCCAGGCAAAAGAGCGAUUGGGCGUGGCCGUGGCCGCGCAUCACUGUGCGGUUCUGCGUUACAUGGGCGCCAUUCGUUGCAUACGUCGUAUACUUUGUGGCAGGACUAAUGAUGACUAUGAACAUCCCUUCCUGUAAUCCUUUGUUGCCUGAAGCCACCUGGUUGAAGCAUCAUUCAAACAAGACAAUUAACGCUGACACAAUUAACGCAACCUGUUGGCCCAAUCCGGACAAUUUGAAAAGGAUAAAUGCGACUGGUCUGAACCACCCUACCCUGUCUGGCUUCGUGCUCAGCGCCAUGUUCUCUCGUAUUCCAGGACUUGCACACUUCUUCAAUGCUAUUUUGCUCAUGACGGCAAUCUCAGCGGCCAAUACCAACCUUUAUAUCGCCUCCCGCACUCUAUUUGGACUAUUUCGCAAACUAGAUGGAAACAGAUGGAAAUUGCUUGCCUUCUUCGGGAGAACCAAUAACUAUCAAGUGCCGGUGCGAGCCAUGGUUUUAUCCUGCAUGUUCAUCUGGAUUCCAUGUCUUUAUCUUAUUCAGGAUGGACAGUCGCCUACGGAUGCUAUCUCGGUGCUGCUGGAUGUCUUAUCUCAGACCGGUUCCGUCGGAUGCCUCAUAGUAUGGGCCUGCGAAAGCUGGGCCUUCAUCCGGUUCUACAACUGCAUGAAAGCCCACCGAGAGGAAUUAAACAAUUUGCCCGAGUUUGCGCACGUGUGCCGAUUUCCCGACCGCCAGACCCAAAGCAGGUAUCCAUGGCGCUCACAUGGACAGCCCUUAACGAUGUAUGCAGCAGUUCUGGGGUGUCUGUUUGUUCUCAUUGUGGCUGAUGGUGCGGCAUUGUGGAAAGCCUUCCAUGCGCAGUCGUUCCUAACUGCCUAUCUUGCUCCAAUUUGUUUCAUCGCCUUAUUCCUAACAAUGAAGUUCUACAAGUACGGAUUCCGGCAUAUCAAUUGGCACCUCGAAGAUCUAUCGAAUGUGAACGUGGUCAAAAGGAAAAUCCAAGAACUGGAUGAUAUCAAGGACCGGGCUACUGCGAAGGAUACUGGGAAGCAGCCGAUCGGAUGGCCGAAUCUGUGGGGACGCGUGUGAAUGAGAUUCUAUUACCUGGCAUGGAUACCGUUUUGGGCCCUAUUGUAAUAAUUGUACGCUUUCAAUGUAUGAUAUUGAAAAGGACAUUAUGGAUAAUAUAUGAUCAAGA